AUGACUCAGAACACCUCAGACGACUGGACGAACACAGGGCAGAUCCGAAGAGCAAAAAAUGCAAUCCAUAAGAAGCAAAAGGUUGACUCUCACUUCGUCAGGUUAGAGGAACAAAAAAGUCACCAGGACUCAGCGGAGGACGACAACGAGGACUCAGCAGAGGACGACAACGAGGACUCAGCAGAGGACGACAACGAGGACUCAGCAGAGGACGACAACGAGGACUCAGCGGAGGACGACAACGAGGACUCAGCGGAGGACGACAACGAGGACUCAGCGGAGGACGACAACGAGGACUCAGCGGAGGACGACAACGAGGACUCAGCGGAGGACGACAACGAGACUCAGCGGAGGACGACAACGAGGACUCAGCGGAGGAGGACGACAACGAGACUCAGCGGAGGGACAACGAGGCUCAGCGGAGGACGACAACGAGGACUCAGCGGAGGACGACAGAGGACUCAGCGGAGGACGACAGCAGGGACUCAGCGGAGGACGACAACGAGGACUCAGCGGAGGACGACAACGAGGACUCAGCAGAGGACGUCAACGAGGACUCAGCGGAAGGAACGACAACGAGGACUCAGCGGAGGACGACAACGAGGACUCAGCGGAGGACGACAACGAGGACUCAGCGGAGGACGACAACGAGGACUCAGCGGAGGACGACAACGAGGACUCAGCGGAGGACGACAACGAGGACUCAGCAGAGGACGACAACGAGGACUCAGCAGAGGACGACAACGAGGACUCAGCGGAGGACGACAACGAGGACUCAGCGGAGGACGACAACGAGGACUCAGCGGAGGACGACAACGAGGACUCAGCGGAGGACGACAACGAGGACUUUCCAGCGGAGGGAGACGACAAGCGAAGGAUUUCAGCGGAGGAGAUUUGACAACGAGGACUCAGCGGAGGACGGCUGUAGCAAGGCUUUCAGCGGAGGCGGAGGACGACAACGAGGACUCAGCGGAGGACGACAACGAGGACUCAGCGGAGGACGACAACGAGGACUCAGCAGAGGACGACAACGAGGACUCAGCGGAGGACGACAACGAGGACUCAGCGGAGGACGACAACGAGGACUCAGCGGAGGACGACAACGAGGACUCAGCGGAGGACGACAACGAGGACUCAGCGGAGGACGACAACGAGGACUCAGCGGAGGACGACAACGAGGACUCAGCGGAGGACGACAACGAGGACUCAGCGGAGGACGACAACGAGGACUCAGCGGAGGACGACAACGAGGACUCAGCGGAGGACGACAACGAGGACUCAGCGGAGGACGACAACGAGGACUCAGCGGAGAGACACGACAACGAGGACUCAGCGGAGGACGACAGCAGGACUCGGGAGGAGACGACAGCAGGGACUCAGCGGAGAGACGAGCAAGACGACAACGAGGACUCAGCGGAGGACGACAACGAGGACUCAGCGGAGGACGACAACGAGGACUCAGCGGAGGACGACAACGAGGACUCAGCGGAGGACGACAACGAGGACUCAGCGGAGGACGACAACGAGGACUCAGCAGAGGACGACAACGAGGACUCAGCAGAGGACGACAACGAGGACUCAGCAGAGGACGACAACGAGGACCACACUUACUCUUCAUAUUUAUUUGUGGAUGACUAUAGUACAAUCUGGGAACCAAACACCAAGCCAACAAUAUCAGUAAGUUCACUCGACUGGGACAACGAAACAUUUAACGUGAGUUUUAUUAAGCGUCGCCCACAACCCCCUUCCCUGGCUGGUGUGGGUACUACCCAGGCGGCGCACGUCAAUGAGGCCACCACCAGUGUGCAGACGCUGCAACUCCUGCGACAUCAAAGGCAGUCUGUAGUCCUCCAGCAGAGGAAAGACGCUCGUGGCUUCAACUUGAAUAGUCAUCCGGAGAUUUAUCACAGCCCAGAACUCGGUGGGUUAACACCAGACUUCAGAAGCACUGCGGGAAAUACAACCUGA